AUGAAUCAACUACCAGCUCAACCAAUUGGAAUUCAGAGUACGGCUGGAGCAGUGCCUGUUCGUAAUGAAAAAGGUGAAAUUUCUAUGCAAAAGGUUAAAGUGCAAAGAUAUAUAUCAGGAAAAAAACCAGAAUAUGCUCAAGGUGUGUCAUCUUCUGAAGAAUCAGACACUGAAGAUUUUAUAGAGCAACAGAGACCUGAACGAAAACAUCAAAUAGCACAAAUUGUCAGCCGGAAAGAUGAACUACACAGCGAAUCUGAUACAGAAAUAGAUGAUCCACGUCUACGUCGUUUGAGGGUCGCCGCACAUUCGCCCCCACGUCGUGCAGAACACAAACCUGAGAUAAUUGAUGCUGAACCCGAACAAGAAUCAGAAUCAAGUGAAGAUGAAGCUCGACACAGUUCAGAGAGUGAGGAUGAACUGGAUGAGGAGGAAAUUGAAAGACGUCGGCAGGCUGUUAAAGCUAAACUAGCAGCUAGGGAAGCUGAAAAGGAAGUAUUAGGUAGAGAUGAUGAUGAAGAAAUGUUGGAUGGAGAUAAAGAGGAAAGUGGAUCUUCUGACACGGAAUACACAGACAGUGAAGAAGAUACGGGACCAAGGGUGAAACCCGUAUUUGUGAGGGCAUCUGAUAGAAUGACAGUAGCUGAAAGAGAACGUAAAGUGAAACAACAGAAGAAAGAAGAAUCUGAAGCGAGAAAAGAGAAAGAAGAAAGGAGAAGAGAAGCUUUAAAAUUAGUCGAAGAGACUAUUCGUUCAGAACAAAGGAAUGCACAGUCAGAGAACAAGGAGGGAAAUAUAAACGACGUGUGCACAGAUGAUGAAAACGACGAACUGGAAUACGAAGCUUGGAAAUUACGUGAAAUGAAACGCAUCAAACGUGAUAAGGAGGAACGAGAAGCAGUCGAAAAGGAGUUAUUGGCGAUAGAGCGGAUGAGGAACAUGACGGAGGAAGAACGUCGCGCCGAAAGACAUCUCAAUCCCAAGCUCGUCACUAACAAGUCUGUCAAAGGGAAAUAUAAGUUCCUACAGAAGUAUUAUCACAGAGGUGCAUUCUACUUGGACAAGGAGGACGAAGUGUUCAAACAAGACUUCUCUGGCCCUACGUUAGAUGAUCAUUUCGAUAAGACUGUUUUGCCAAAGGUGAUGCAAGUAAAGAAGUUCGGAAGAUCAGGUAGAACAAAGUACACGCAUUUAGUGGACCAAGAUACUACGGAGUUCGAUUCCGCGUGGAGCAACGAGGGCGCGGCGGCGCGCCUCGCCGCCGGCAGGGGGGGCAUGAAGCAGGUGUUCGACAGACCCUCGGCCAAGGGGAAACAUACUGUG